GAAGAUGGCAGAGGAGAGAUCAGAAAGGAAUGAACCAAAUACCAAAAUAAAUUUUUUUUUAGGUUAUGUUAUAUGAAGCUGAUUAAUCUAUGAAUUAGGAAAGAAAGAAUUUGAAAUUAUUGUAUUCUAGAUUUUGAAAUUGUAUUUUGGAAUCUAUCAUUCAUGACAACAAAGAAAUACAGGUUGUUAUUUAUUGUGCUCUGAAUUAAUUAUUUUUACAAAAUUUUUUCAAAUCUCAAAAGCAAGGUGAUAAACAUUGUUUCUGCUGCUUUUUUUUGUACAAUAAACUCUUUUAUAAUAUGCAUAUUAAAGCCUAUUUGUUUCUUCUUCGUCAGUGAAAUACAAUCAGAAAUAAUCUAACAUGGAUAAGAAUACGGUUAUAUCCCAAGAUUUCUUCAUUGACCUAAGGGAAAAGUAUGAUAAGGUUGAAACGUUACUGAAAGAAGCAAAUCAAGAUCCGCAAUCAGAACCAUUCAAGUCGAAGUAUGCCGCCCUGGAAAUCUUGAUGGAAUUGAAAUCGAAAUUGGUCAAUGUACUGGAUGACCUUAGAUCGUCUGACUCGUCUUAUGAUGAGCUGACCGCUAUGCUUGGAGGUGUUUGGGUUUCCCUGGGAACGAUCUCAGUUGACACUGAAGAAUGGUCAAAUGGUGAAGAGCAACUCACAAACUGCUUGAAACUACUCGAAGACAACUCAAUGGAGCCUAACAAGAUUCUAAUUGUUUUGAGCGCCUUUAACCAGCUAGGCAUACUGUGGUCAAAUCGUGGAGACUACGAAAAGUCUCAGAAUUAUCUGUCAAGCGCUGAAGAUCUCUACAGAAACUACAAGAACACUUGCGAAGAUCGCCCGAAAGAAGUCGGUGAUUUGUUCUCGACAGUGAACAAACCCCCACCCCAAACAAAGUACGAUGCCCCUCUUGAGAAGUUACACACACUCACUCUCUACUACCUUGCUCAGAUACAUGCCACACUGGGCAACGUUGUAAAAUCGGCAAUCUAUUGUCACAACACUCUACGACGUCAGUUGGAAUGCGAAAAGCCUGAUAUGAUUGAUUGGGCGUUGAAUGCUGCCACAUUGGCUCAGUUUAUUAUGGAGAAAAACGCUUUCCAGCUUGCUAGACACCAUCUGGCUGCCGCAUCUUGUGUUUUGGAGCAAUAUGAAAUCACAUUAGGCACUAAUGAUCUUGAUGAAGAGCAGCGUGGAUAUUUACUAGAGCAAUACAAUCAUAGAAGUGCUGAUGUUGCUAGAUGUUGGGCUAAGUAUGGCAUUGUACUACUGUCCAUUUCUUUCGAUCGCUUAACUUCAGAUGAUUACGUUGACACAUCAGUUACUGAGCCUGAAUUUUUGGAAUUGCAGUUUUCAACGCUUGAACUAUCAACCUAUGAAAGUCAAAUAACAGCUAAAUACGUUCUUGUAUUUGAUGAUGCAAAGAAAGUUUUUCACAAUUCACUGAGCUGGCUGAAUAAAGCACAAGAAUUCUAUACUUUGGAGAAUCAUGCAUCCGAUUACGUUUCCAUCAUUCAGGAUAUGAGUGAAUUGUAUAAACAUUUGGCACUCUUUGAUGACGAUAAUGCAAGGAAAUGCAAGUUACAUAAAAAGAGAAUAGAUAUGUUGGAGGCUGUCAUCAAAGAACUGAAUCCAAAGUAUUACUUGAACGCGUGUCGAAAUCUGCGAUACGAACUUGCUGCAACAUAUGUAACAAUGUUCGAACUGAAACAAGAAAUCUUACAGGAAAAUUCGGAAAAUCAAACGCCGCAUGCAAUAAAAAAGAUUCAUCACCUGAUAAGCAAAGCCAUUGAGGCUUACAACGGAUUCCUUGAUGUACUGAAUGAUUUAAAAACGAAGAAACCUCCCGCUGAAUUCGGCUCAGAUCUGGUGAGGCCAGCACUUCUAUCAUACUUCUAUUUGGGCCAUCUACAUAGCAAGUUGGUCAUCUACAACAGAGAGCGGCAACUUGAGCAUAGGAAGAAAAGUUACGAAUAUUACAAGAUGGUUGUCGACUACUGUGAUGCUCAUGAGGAGGCGAAACAAUGCGUUGAAAUUGAACUAGCCACUUGUAGAGAAAUGGUUGAACUGUUGCCGGCUCUUAUAAAUAAACUCGUUGGGAGGGGCUUCAGUUAAAAAGUGACCAUUGAAAUAAUCUAUUGAAAAAUGCUGUUAUUUAGUUGUGAAAAUGUUUUAUUGUUUAUAAUAAUGGAGGAGAUCGUUAGCUUAUAGCUUUCUUCAUUUAUUGAUAUUCCUUUUGACACGUGACACAAAUGUAAGAUUUUUAUUAUUUUCUAGUCAUUGCCAGCAUGCAUGAACCUACAUAAGAAAAUCGAGUUCGUUCUAAUAGAUGAACAAUAAGUUCAAAAAUUAGUUGUAUGUAGAAUAAUUAAUAUUUUAUACUAUUCUUAUAGCUAUUAUUAAAAGAUAUUGCGUACCUUGCAUU